AAAAUGAAGUUCUCAAUCACAAGUCGGUGCUUAGUAAUAUUCAUCUUUCUUAAUCACCCUACCCCAAUUCUUCCUGACACUGCAAAUUCCACCUAUCCUGGAAAUGUUGAGCCUGAGCCAUUUCUGUACGUGCUAGGACGGAAGAGAAUGAUGGAUGCACAGUCCAAGUGCUAUGACCGGAUGCAGCAGUUACCACCAUACCAAGGAGAAGGUCCAUACUGCAACCGCACCUGGGAUGGAUGGAUGUGCUGGGAUGACACACCAGCCGGUGCAAUCGUCUACCAAUACUGCCCAGAUUAUUUUCCAGAUUUUGAUCCAUCAGAAAGGGUUACAAAAUACUGUGAUGAAAACGGGGUUUGGUUUAAGCAUCCUGAGAAUAAUCGAACCUGGUCCAACUACACUCUGUGCAAUGCUUUUACUCCUGAGAAGCUGAAGAAUGCAUAUGUUCUGUAUUAUCUGGCUAUUGUGGGUCACUCUUUGUCGAUUUUCACCUUGGUGAUUUCUCUGGGGAUUUUCUUAUUCUUUAAGAACCUCAGCUGUCAGAGGGUUACCCUGCACAAGAACAUGUUUCUUACCUACAUUCUGAAUUCCAUGAUUAUCAUCAUCCACCUCGUUGAAGUAGUACCCAACGGAGAACUGGUGAGAAGGGAUCCGAUUAGCUGCAAAGUUUUGCAUUUUUUUCACCAGUACAUGAUGGCCUGCAAUUACUUCUGGAUGCUGUGUGAGGGGAUCUAUCUGCACACCCUCAUCGUGGUAUCAGUGUUCACUGAGGAACAACGCUUACGGUGGUAUUACCUCUUAGGCUGGGGAUUCCCGUUGCUGCCAACCACGGUUCAUGCUAUUACUAGGGCACUCUAUUUCAAUGAUAACUGCUGGCUGAGUGUGGAGACUCAUUUGCUGUACAUCAUCCAUGGCCCAGUCAUGGCAGCUCUGGUGGUGAAUUUCUUCUUUUUGCUCAACAUCGUCCGUGUGCUGGUGACCAAGAUGAGGGAGACCCAUGAGGCAGAAUCACACCUGUACCUGAAGGCUGUGCGGGCCACUCUGAUCCUUGUGCCACUACUGGGCAUCCAGUUUGUGGUCUUUCCCUGGAGGCCAUCCAACAAGAUGCUUGGGAAGAUCUAUGAUUACUUCAUGCACUCCCUGAUCCAUUUCCAGGGAUUUUUUGUGGCUUCUAUCUACUGCUUCUGGAACAAUGAGGUCCAAACUACGGUGAAGCGCCAUUGGGCACAGUAUAAGACCCAGUGGGACCAGCGUUGGAGACGCCGCAACUUCAACCGUCCGGCUAACAACACUGGAAUGUCUGGCCACGACAUCCCUGUUUACAUCUGCCAUCAGGAGCCGAGAAACGAAGCGGCCAACGAAAAUGGCGAUGAGGGUGCUGAGAUCAUCGCUCUGAAAAUCAUAGAGCAGGAAUCGUCUGCUUGA